AUGAAGAACGAAUCCAAUUCCAAAGAUAUCGAAUUCACUAUAACAUUUCAAAAUGAUAAAAUAAAUGCGAUCAAUUAUUUGGAAGUUAAAGAUCCUAAAUUAAUAAAAAUAAGAGACUGUGGGAUAGCUCUAAAAGGUUAUUUGCAUGAACAGCCAAUAAUUAUGAAACAUAUACCCAAUGAUUUGAAAAAUCAAGAUAAUGAAGCGCUAAUACAACUC